GCACCGUAUUAUAAAGAAUCACCCUCUCUUUAUUACACUACAUUAUACUGUGAAAAAAAUUAUAAUUUCCCUAUUAUAUUUUCAACAAAGUUCACAGGCCUUCUGGAAGUUUCUAGCUUUAACAGUUCUAGAGGCCUUCGUAUAAUCGAGCACACCCCUUUUUAUCUAUUCCCCGAUCGCUCGCGGAAUUGGGUUUCUUAGGUUAUUUAUUUGCUUUUUUUUUCCCCCUUUUUUAUUGUUGUUUUUGGGUUUUAGGAGAUUUGUAGUUUUGUUUGAAAUAGCAAAUAAGUAAAAAUUGCGAAGGUGAAUAACAAGAGGAGGAGAGAGGAGGUGGAGGAGAAGAUGGGGGUGGAUUAUUACAAAAUUUUGGGUGUUGAUAGGAAAGCUUCGGAUGAUGAUUUGAAGAAAGCUUAUCGAAAGCUCGCUAUGAAGUGGCAUCCUGACAAGAAUCCCACAAACAAAAAAGAAGCGGAAGCCAAGUUCAAGCAGAUUUCUGAAGCUUACGAUGUACUAAGUGACCCGCAGAAGAGAGCUGUAUAUGAUCAGUAUGGCGAAGAGGGCCUAAAAGGUGCACCUCCUCCUGAUGCUGCUGGGGGUCCAGGCGGCGCGACCUAUUUCUCAACUGGUGGAGGGCCAAGUGGAUUUAGGUUCAAUACUAGGAGUCCUGAUGACAUAUUCUCAGAAAUUUUUGGGUUCUCUGGGCCAUUUGGAGGAGGAAUGGGCGGUAGUGGAAUGAGGGGUUCAGGGUUUGGCGGCAUGUUUAGUGACAACAUGUUUACGUCCUUUAGUGAAGGAGGUGGCAGCGGUGGUGGAGUGCAUCAACAUGCCCUUAGGAAGGGACCUCCAAUCGAGAAACACUUACCUUGUACCCUGGAGGAGCUUUAUAAGGGAACAGCCAAAAAAAUGAAGAUAUCUCGGGAAAUUGUUGACGCCAGUGGGAGGACAACGACAGUAGAGGAAUUUCUUACAAUUAAUGUCAAACCUGGUUGGAAGAAAGGAACCAAGAUCACCUUCCCGGAUAAGGGGAAUGAGGUUCCAGGUGUUAUUCCGUCAGAUCUCGUAUUUAUUAUUGACGAGAAACCUCAUAGGGUUUUCACUCGUGAUGGAAAUGACUUGAUUGCCACUCAGAAGAUUUCUUUGGCCGAAGCCUUGACGGGUUGCACUGUUCACCUAACAACGUUGGAUGGUAGAAAUUUAACCAUUCCUGUCACCAAUGUCAUUCAUCCAACUUACGAAGAAGUAGUGCGAGGUGAAGGCAUGCCACUCCCAAAAGAUCCACCUAAGAAGGGAAAUCUGCGGAUCAAAUUCGACAUCAAAUUCCCGGCGAGGCUAACAGCAAGUCAAAAAGCAGGUGUGAAAGAGCUUUUGGGUUCUUGAUUCUGCUGUUCAGCUUUGGUGAAGGGCAGCUGGCCAUCUGGUGUGUAAUCAUAUAACUCAGAAGCAGGUGUGGAAAGACAUGUCGAAGUCUUCAUGAGACUGUAUGUCAGCUUUAGUUGAGGGUAGUCAGCAUGAUGUAUAUUAAUCGUUACCCAGCCUUUUGAUUAAUGACGAUGAGGUCAAGAAACAAGGAGAAUUUAGAAGAGCUUUAUAGUCCAUUCCUGUUUUUCUAAAUUAUGUCAAAUAAUACAUUUUCAUUAAUUGUUUUGGUUGUGCUUUUAGAGUUUCUCUAUAUGGGAAAAUAUCAAGCAUGUAAAGAUGGUGCUUUUGAGUUGAAUUAGUUUGGUACUUCUCGACCUUUGAUGCAACUUUCGUACGUUGAGUUGAACGGGUAGCUAGAGAUUAUCUUAGAAUUAAGUGGGGGCAGCAUUGGGUAUAAUAAUGUCGAAAUACUUUUGAGGGGAAAUCUGUUCUGUUUUAUAGUUGUCCCAGUUUUGUGUAUUUUUGACCAUUUUUGUUGGCACAUGUUGCUGUAUUGGAUGAUUCAUUCAUAUAUGCGCACAGCAUCCGGAACUGAAUAGAACUACUUAUAGAUAGAACUGUUAUACCUAAUCU